AUGCAGCAUCCUUCAGACCCUCGGCUUAAAAAGCCGUCGACAUACAAUCGUGAGGCGGCCACUUCCGCUAUAACGGAUCUUUACGAAUCUCUUACCACCCUGCUGUACGUGGAGCCAACCGACAUUCUCUAUCCUCCACCCGGAGGAUGGCCGCACAUCACCCAGGAAAAUGAGGCGUUUGCCUCUCUCAAUAAAACAGACGAGGUUAUCGAACUGCUUCGCCACUUACCAUACCUAGAUUCCAGGCGCAAUGCGUGGUAUAUCAGACCAUGGAGCACUAUAUGUGAUUAUGUGAACAAAGAUCCUCGCAAGUAUGUGUCUGUCGUGCCCGAUGAAUUUAAGUUCCCACCAUGGGUGAUUAAUAUCACGGAUUCGGGGAGAUACGGAAAAUCGCUUAUAUUUGACACAUCAGACGGUACCGCAACAGAAUACGCACUCGACGGGUUUAUAUAUAAGCCAGAUUACGCUGAGGACGAUCCGCGAUAUUGGCGCGUUGAAUGUGAACCAGACACUGAGCCACUGGUUGAUCGCUUGGGAUAUUAUAAGCAGAGAUUUCAAAAACUUAAUUGGAUCCCAGAGGUGCAGAAGGUUGGAUCCUGGCCAAGAGUCUAUGAAUGGUACGAGGAGCCAACUGGUUCAUAUGGCGAUGAUAAAGGAAAGAUGAUACGCGAUAUUUAUCUCGAGUAUGGGUGGCCGGAUUUCUUCGAUCGAGAGGCGUGCCAGCAGGCACUAGAGAAAUUCUACUACGAUCACAGGAAAAAUAGACGAAAAAGGUAG